AUGAACUCGAGUAACCCCUGUGCAACUCAGGUCCCCCAGUUUCUACCGUUUAUAACGGUGAGGCUUAUCAUGAUCAGCCGAAUGGCAAAACCAGAAGAGGUGCUUGUUGUGGAGAAUGAGCAGGGAGAAGUUGUUCGGGAAUUCAUGAAGGACACAGACUCCAUCAAUCUGUACAAAACAAUGAGAGAGACACUUGUCUAUCUCACGCAUUUAGACUAUGCUGACACAGAAUGCAUUAUGACCGAGAAGCUACAUAAUCAAGUGAAUGGUACAGAAUGGUCGUGGAAGAACCUCAAUACACUUUGUUGGGCUAUCGGCUCCAUCAGUGGUGCAAUGCAUGAAGAGGAUGAGAAACGCUUUCUCGUCACUGUCAUCAAGGAUUUGCUGGGCCUUUGUGAACAAAAACGUGGGAAGGAUAACAAGGCUAUUAUCGCCUCUAAUAUAAUGUACGUGGUGGGACAGUAUCCCCGAUUCCUGCGAGCUCACUGGAAGUUCCUAAAGACCGUGGUGAACAAACUGUUUGAGUUUAUGCAUGAGACCCAUGAUGGUGUCCAGGACAUGGCUUGUGACACAUUUAUUAAGAUAGCCCAAAAGUGCAGACGUCACUUUGUACAAGUGCAAGUAGGAGAGGUAAUGCCUUUCAUUGAUGAGAUCUUGACCAAUAUCAACACCAUCAUUUGUGACCUGCAGCCUCAUCAAGUGCACACGUUCUAUGAAGCUGUUGGUUACAUGAUUGGAGCUCAAACUGAUCAAACUGUCCAGGAGCAUCUAAUUGAGAAGUACAUGCUUUUGCCUAACCAGGUGUGGGACAGCAUUAUUCAGCAAGCAACGAAGAAUGUGGACAUUCUGAAGGAUGCAGAGACGGUGAAGCAGCUUGGCAGCAUCUUGAAGACCAACGUGAGGGCCUGCAAGGCAGUUGGACAUCCAUUCGUCAUUCAGCUGGGACGGAUAUAUCUGGACAUGCUCAACGUUUACAAGUGUUUGAGUGAGAAUAUCUCUGCCGCUAUCCAGGCCAAUGGUGAAGUUGUUACCAAGCAACCUUUAAUCAAAAGCAUGAGGACAGUAAAGAGGGAGACUUUAAAACUGAUAUCUGGGUGGGUGAGCCGGUCCUCCGAUCCACAGCUGGUUGCAGAAAAUUUUGUCCCCCCAUUGCUUGACGCAGUGCUGAUCGACUACCAGAGGAAUGUCCCUGCAGCCCGGGAGCCUGAGGUUUUGAGUACAAUGGCCACCAUUGUGAAUAAAUUGGAGAACCACAUUACUGCGGAGGUCCCCCAGAUCUUUGAUGCCUUGUUUGAGUGUACUCUGGACAUGAUCAACAAGGAUUUUGAAGAGUAUCCAGAGCACAGGACUAACUUCUUUCUGCUUCUUCAAGCAGUCAAUAGUCAUUGUUUCCCUGCGUUCCUGAACAUACCUCCAGCCCAGUUCAAAUUGGUCCUCGACUCCAUUAUCUGGGCUUUCAAACACACAAUGAGGAACGUGGCUGAUACAGGGUUGUCUAUACUUUAUACUCUACUGCAGAAUGUUGCACAGGAAGAGACAGCUGCCCAGAGCUUUUACCAAACCUAUUUUUGUGACAUUCUUCAACACAUCUUCUCGGUGGUGACUGAUACUUCGCACACUGCUGGAUUGACUAUGCACGCCACCAUCUUGGCGUACAUGUUCAGCUUAGUGGAGGACGGCAAGAUAACAUUGUCUUUGAGCCCAGCGACACCCAAUAUGAACAAUCAGAUCUUCGUCCAAGAGUUUGUGGCCAACCUGUUGAAAACCGCUUUCCCCCACCUCCAAGAUGCACAGAUCAAAGUUUUUGUGACUGGUUUGUUCAGCCUAAACCAAGACAUUCCAUCUUUCAAAGAGCAUCUGAGAGAUUUCCUUGUACAGAUAAAGGAAUUCGGUGGUGAAGACACAUCAGACCUGUUCCUGGAGGAGAGGGAAACAGCUCUGCGCCAGGCCCAGGAGGAAAAGAGAAAGCUGCAAAUGACUGUUCCUGGGAUCUUAAACCCACAUGAAAUAGCAGAGGAGAUGUGUGAUUGAACAAACCCCAAGUGUUACCAGAAGGAAAGGAUGGGGAAAGGGAGGGUGCGCGGGUGGGGGUGAGAAAUGAGUGAGGCAAGGACAGCGAGUGAAUGUGUGUGAUUGGGACAGCAAAUGGAAUAAAUCUUUCAUUGGUUUGAUGUGAUGGGAGUUCUUAAAAAUUGAAAUUCCAGCCUGUAUGUUUUGUUUCCUUGCAAUUAUCUCAGGAGAGAGUUUUGUAUUGUUAGAGAAAGCUCUACUGUUUUUCAUUUUUCCUCCCCGGGAUAAAGUUGUAUUUCUGAUUUGUGAACCUGUUGACAACUAAACCUGCAGCCAGUGUUCCACUUUGGGUCGUACGGUGUUGUACAACUUGAGCUAUUUCAACAAUUUAAAUCAUGAUGUAGAACUUCUUGAAACAUUCUCUAGUUCAGUUUUUAUAUUAAACCCAGCCUGGUUAGCUUCACAAAAUUGGUCUCUGCAGAAUGCUUUAAAAGUCGCAGUGUUUUGUGAAGAUUGAGGCAAAAUGCAAAAUUUGCCCGUGCUCAGAUUGAAUCUGGUUGGUUGCUCAGGCGAUGCUUUUGUUGACCUGAAUGAAUGCGUGGUAUUUGGGUGAAAGAGAGGCUGAGACAUACACUUUGUUCUUUUAUAACCUGCUCGUGUUAACUGUUUAUGCUAUAAAAUUCUCUGUGUGGUUCCUAGCUCGCCUUUGUAUCUUGGCAGGGUUCAUUGCAGUAGUAUUCUGUGGAAGUUUCGAAAGGUGAUGGGUUGGAUUGGACUGGGGUAAUAGUUUGCUGGUAUGAAAACAAGCAUUCUCUUUGGGUGACACAAAGGUUUGGAAACUUUUUUAAUGAAUGUUACCACUCCCGGUUUUUAAGUAACAUUCUGUUUGAUGCCAAAAGUGCAGGUCAUCGUGCAAAAUGUUUGCGUGUGCCUGUGUAGAAUGUUUGGGACACUUGUCCAUAUCGUUGUUGGGGAGGAAACUGGAGUUUAUAAAAGGGCCAACUUGAGUUAGCCUUGUGAUUUUGCCUUUCGUACUUUGUAAUCCUCAUGAAAGCGCAGUGUUGGCUCUUUUUGCCUGACCUACUGUGUUUUCCCCAAGAAACUUUACUCAGGUUUGCCAUAUUAUCGAGUUCCCUCCUUUUUUAUACAGAUUGACUGACUGAUUGAUUUGUGUGAAAUCCCAUAACCCAUAAAUACUGAAUUUAAAGGCUUUUUAUUCAAAAACAAAAUUAAGUGACAAUCAUACAAACCAGGAGCAGAAGUAGAAAGUUCUGGCCCUGAAGCAUGCUCCACCAUUUACUAGGUCACAGCUAUUCCAUGCCCCCACCACUCCCCUCCAUCUGACCUGUGUGUGAACACCGUAGCCAUGAAUUUGAAUUCCACCCAUCCCGUGAAGCUGAAUUUGCUUUUGAUUUUAAAAUCAAAUCUGGUUAGAGAUUUAUGGAGUUAGUGGGUGCCAUUUGCUACUUUGUUCUGGGCAGGAGAUGAAGAGAUUGAUGAUGUUUCUGGAAACUUUUGUUUGUUAGCUUCCGUGUAACAAAGGUCUGGGUAGAGGGAAUUCAUGACUGGGUCCAAAAGAGGGAUCUUGCACACUUUACUUCGGUCACAGUUUAUCUCCUCUGUCUUUAACGUUGAUCUCUUGAUUGAAUGACAGUAAUUGAAAGGCAUCAGAGUGGAACCCCCAUCCCCUCCCCACACCACCACCACCACCACACACCAAACCCCAGAAGUCGUUGUUUACAUCCUGGUCAUUCACCCAGUGUGGGCUGUGUUCUAAUGGUGCAAUCUGACUGAGAAGUUUGGAUAAUCCACAGUGUUUUCAUGCUAUCAAGUGUGCUGCAACCUGUCACCUUGAAUUGCUCAGCAAAGAUUGUAACAUGGGAUGGGGUGGGAGGCCAGGGAAUAUUUAAUUUGAGAAACCAAACCCACAUAUACCAUUUUACAGCCCGUGCAAGCUGCACUUUCCGCCACCCAAACCUCACUCCUCCAACAUUGAAUCAUUGAGCAGUUUAUUUUCUCUGUCACUCGACUUCUGUUUCAUCUUAGUUUCCCUCUCAGUCCUUCUGCUCCAACCCUCAAAGAAAUAACUAAGGGAAGCUUAGUUUGUGUUUCCCAUUGUUAAGACAAAAUCUCUAAGUGGUGUCUGGUCUACUUUUGAUUUAAACUUUACGAGUAAGGUGUGAAUUGCUUGUUGAAGGGAGAACAGUGUCAUGCUUUCUGAGAUCCUAAUGUAGCCCACACGAUCGAAACGAUGGAAUUAAUUACUCAAAGCAUGGAGUAGCAUAACUGCAUUAAGGGUAGAGGAUGUUUCAUGAUCGAUUUUUCAUUCUACUCCCCGUUUUACCUAAAAUCACCAUUUCACCAGCUAUCUCUGCUUGCUCUUUAAGGUAUUUCACCUGGGCUGUAUCAAAAAUAUGGGAAGUUUUCCCACACUCUGGGUCACAGACGUAUGGAAUAAAUGCAAUGCUUUUUGUGGAGUGGACUGUAGAUCUAGGUUUAUUUUGUAAAGCUGGUAUCCUUGUCUGCAUUCAGAAGAAAAAUGACUCAAAGCUGAUAAAUCCAGAAAUGAUGACUUUAUUCAGAUGCAGCUGCUCUAGUCGCAAUACAAAGACGUUUGUGCUAAAUGCACACACCACUUCCAUGCAAAAUUUUAAUCACUCCAAAAAUUACUUUAAUUUAGCCCUAAAAUGUCUGCAGCUGCAUUCUAUACCGGCGUGCAGGCUACUUUUGACUGGUAAUUUUUCUGUGACUACACUUCUUAAUCUAAAUUAAUUUGAUAAUCAGUUUGAGAUAUCGCUUUUGUUUAGUGUGGGCCUGCCUGAGAGAAAGAUGGCUAAUUUCAUUUUAAAGUAUCACUCCAUUUCCUAUGUCCCAUGUCACAUUGAAGCUGUGCCAGUGAAGAGGAGAGGAUUAAGUUAGUUUUAUGGCUGUCACAGGAACAUGAGCUUUCUUAGUUUUUGCCCGCAGUGUGUCUCGUACAUACAUACAGCGAGAUAGUAUUGUCCACCUAAUAUGCGUGCAUGUAAAUUUUUGUUCUCUUGUGUUUAUCUAGUUACGUUUAAUGCUUCGAGGAGGUGAUUAUUGACUGCUGUGUCUUUUCGGUACUUGUACAGAAAGUCUUGUUUAAGAACCUGUAAUUUUGUUGAUUUACACUGUAUUACAAAUGUUUUAUUCAAUUGAAUUUGUAGCAGGAAAUUGGAAGCAACCUGCAUCCACCUGCAAAAGUCAAUUACCUCCCUCACUUUGUUCAAAAAAACUGUACAGCCUGUAAUUAAGAUGCCUAGAACAGAAAUGUUAUUUUUUUAAUAAGAUUUUAGUUAAAUUAGAUGGUAGUUAUUGGUGAGUGUGUCAUGCAGUGUAUCUUGCAUUUUUGUAUUUUUAUUUUUAAACUGACUUGUACUCUAACCUGCGAUUUGUUUAACAUAUAAUUAUGCUACUUUUUGUUUUAAACUAUUCAGUUUUCCUCCAUGAGGAGUCACCCAAAUACAGAAGGACCUCAAUGUUUUUAAACUUUUUUUUUAUAUAUAAAGCGUGUGCCACUGUGUAUGGCUUUGAGAAGAGCGUGUGUGAUUGCAUGUGUGUUUUUAUGUGCACUUCUUAUAUUUUGGUGCAUUUUUAAAAAAGAACGUGACGAGCAAUGCAAAUGACUCCUCUGAUAGAUGCUGUUGUUUGCAAUCAAGAUUUCAACUUCUACAGGCUUGCAUUAAUUUUAGCAACAUUUCUUGCUUCCGCAGUGCAGUAUUGGGUUUGUAUGGACUGGUUAGUUUCUAGUUAGAGAUGCAUUCUCUUGACUUUUUGCUUAGUUAUUUUAAUUGGACUUUCUUGGGUGUGGGGAAAGGGUAGGAAACAAUUUCUGGUUUUAUUUUCUCUAUCACUAAACGGGUUACAGCUACCAAGAGUUAAGGGAAGCAGAGUGGAAUCUCAUCUCAUUCUAACCAAGGCGUGUUACUAAUUAGUCUGGGGUAGAGAUGUGUGCUUUCUAGUCUCCUUGUACUGCUUUAAAGACAGACAUUAGUCCGUCUUUUCUUUGAGUUUUUGUAGGAGCAUUGUAUGCAGAUUUGAUAUAUGGAGAGUGUAGGUUAUAUUUUAUGUAUUUUUAAAUAGAACGUGAUUUUAGAAAUUGCUAUUCAGUGUUGAUGAGAGCCAGCUGUGGCAUGUUUCCAGUGAACUCCGUGGAGUUGAUGGGCUUCAUUCAGAGAUGUUAUUCAGCAGUGGACUUUGAUGCAUGAUUGUAAGUGACUGGAUAUAAUUUAGGAAGUCGGUAUGAAGCUGCACCAUUCAAAUUAUCAACCUUAAAAUUUUUCUUCUAAAAAUGAAAAAUAGUGAACAAAUCUGUUAUCAGACUAGUUUUAUGCAACAUAACUUGCGGAGAUGUUCACUUCUAGUCGUUUUAAAAUCUUGAGAUUUUGGCCUAAGGUCAGAAACAUAAAAAAUAGGAGCAGCAGUGGGCUAUUUGGCCCUUUUGCUUUUAGCAUGUUCCAUCAUUCAAUAUGGUCAUGACUGAUAUCCAACUAAUUUCUCCACACAUCCUUUUGACCCUAUAGCCCAAACAACUAUAAUGUAACUCCUUCUUAAAAACAUUCACUGUUUUGUUUGGCCUCCGCUUCUUUCUGUGGCAUAGAAUUCCACAGGCUCACUGCUGUCUGGUAGAAGAAAUUUUCCUCGUCUCGGUCCUAAAUGGCCUACCCUGUAUCCUUGAAACAUCACCCCUAGUUCUGAACUACCUUGGUCGUCGUCAACAUCCUUCCUGCGUUUAGCCCGACUACUCUUAUUAGAAUUUUAUAGGUUUCUGAGUUCCCCUUCUCCCUCCCCCAAAUUAUUCUUGACUCCAGUGAAUAUAUUUUUAACUCAUCUGUCUCUUCAUACAUCAGGAGUCAGCUGCACACCUUCCGUAGCCAGUAACUCCAACAAGGUGAUGAAAAUUGCACACAUUCGUGCGAAUGUAAUCUCACCCAUGCCCUUUGCAGUUGCAGCAAUCCCUGCUCUUUGUACUCAAAUGCUCUGACUAUGAAGGCCUACAUACCAUUUCCCACUUUCACUGCCUGCUGCACCUGCAGGUUUACUUUAGCAACUGGUAUAAAACAACACUUCCCCCUUUCCCAAUCUAUUGUCAUUCGGAUUUAGUGACUGUCGUUAAAACAAGCUCCAGUGAAUGGAAAACCAGUGUCUGGGUCGAUUUGAAACUACGUUAGUGUUGCAUUGAGAGAGUUAAAAGGUGGUGGUGGGGGUUGGGAGUGCGUGGAGAGAGAUGGGCAGGUAAGCUUAUACACUGGAACCUACAAGUGUAUUAGAUAGUGACAUUUACUUAGGAGGAAAAGCAUUCACCCAGCCAGGAAGUCUUAAAUUGUUUCUUUCCUCUGUACCUUUACCACCCAAAUGCAAAAUUCACAUGUAUUCUAAAUAGUUCCAGAGCUCCUUGCCUUCACUGUUCCAUCUGGGAAUCAAUAUAUCAAUCACUUUAUCCCAAGAUUAUCAUUAAGAUUGUGGACGUUUCAGUUUAUUGGUUAACCAUUUGGCCCAUCUAGAUUUGUCAGCAGUGCGAGUUUAAUCCCUUUUAAUUCCCUUCUCCUUGUGACCAGCUUUGCAGUACUUUUCCAUAAAUUGUAUGUACUGUAAGAUGCACUCAUUGUGGUAACGGUUCACAGAGAACAACAUGCUAACAAGUGAACAUCGCUGAAAACAGAAGUCUGUUGAAGCUUGUUCAUCUUGCACUCAUUAGGACAACUGAAAGAAUGCAAAAUUGUAUACUAAGACAACAAUUGUAGGAGAAAAGGGUACUGAUUGAUUUUUGGCUGAGAUUGGUCAUGGAAUAUUUCCUAUUGCUUUCUCAUUGGCAGUGACUCUGCCCCUUGCCCAAUCAGUAUCUGUUUUCUGUGGUAUAAAUUGUGACAGUUUUGGCUGCUUUGUGUCUGUCUUAAUGAGUGCAAGACAAAAAUGGUUCAACUUUUUGUUUAGGGUCUGUAGUACUGAAGGAUUAAUUUAACCUCUCCUUCAGUCGGAGAUGUUUUACUGUCUUGGAACACACUCUGGCCAGUGUAGUGUAUAAUUAAAGUGUGGGAAGGGAAUGAGAAAUGUUUGGUUCUUAUUUGUAUGGAUCAGAAGUUUUUUUUUUGUUGUUGAGCAGAAACUAACCUUAACUUCUGAUACUUUAGUCAAAUCAAUAAACUUGCACGUUUUAUUGGUGCAGUUUUAAUAUCUAAAAGCUGCUUUUUGAAUCAUACAGGAGAGGAUUGCAGUUCAAAUGCUUAUAUUCAAAAUUUGAGCAUUCUUAAGAUUAAUUAUUAAAUAUAGUCUAUCUCGUUUCUAAAUGUGUUCAAUUUUGUUUUUAAGAUUUACUGUUAAUAGUGGAGUAUCUUUGAGAACAGGGAUAUUGUCGUUUUAAUCUUAUCCAGUAAUAUAUUGAGUAGAUGUGUGAAGAGACUGUGUGAUUAUUCAUUAAUGCUUUACAUUUUUUAAAGUGAAUGUUAUUUUCCACAGCAAUUGUACAAAUCUUUGAGCCUUUUCCAGCUUGUGUGAAUUAGUGCAUGCAGACAUGCCGCUCCCUUCAAAUUCUAAAUUAUUGGGGGCUUAAGUCAUUUUUGCCGAGAUCUGCUUCUGUACCUGUGUGCGCGUUAAACGAGCACACAAGAGGUGAAGCUUCCUGAUGCAUUUACAUGCCGUUUAGUUUGGAUGAUACCUCUACCAACAAAGCAAAUCUAGUAGUUCAUUUCUGGAAAUUCUCUCCCCACUUUUUGCUCUCUGUUACAAAGCUACAAGAAUGAGAGUAUUGUUUCAAUUUUGAAUUGCCCCAGGUAGUCAUUUUAAUAGGGAACAAAGUAACAGCAUGAAUUUGAGCUGGGUUUUGUUUGCGGCUGUCAGAAUAAUGGGUAUUUUGUUUUGUUUUACAAGUGUAUGACAAUUGAACAAGGAGGCUGAUCUGUGCAUCCUACAUUUAUAAGUUACCGUUCUACACAUUUAUUUAUGUCCUUAAUUGUGCAGAACAAGAAAGGCAUUCUUGAUUCCAAAUCUUAAUAAUCGGAAAACUUGUGUUAACACUCUACGUAGACCAGAAGAUCAGUUUUCCCCUCUGUUAUUCAGGAUAAAUACAACAUGGCCCUUCAGUGAUUUAUUGCUUUAAUUACAGUAUUUUCAAUAUUAUAUCAUUUUUGUACUCUUAAGAAAUGAGUUUUAUGCAAAGUAUUUUCCAUUUUAAAUUGUAUUAUUACUGCAACUGGUCUUGAUUUUGUUUUCCUGUUUUUAGUCUAGUUCAACUGCAUCAGAAUUAGCUGAAAGAUUGGGUGAUAUGUGAUUGGCCAGUUUUCAGCCUAUUAGAGACAGCUUCUCAAGGCCCACUGUUUGGGGAGGGCUUCCUUUUUCUGUAUAAAAGGAAGUGACUGUGUAAAUGUCAACUUUACUAUGGCAGAGACCAUAUACUUUUUGGACUGUUUGCUUUUAUUAAAAUGUUUAGUGUGGUGUGGAAGUAUUGGGAUUCUGACUUGGAAUUACUGACAAUGAUGUGAAGAAGUUGGUCUCAUGUAAUGAAAAGCACAGAAUGAGCAAAGACAGUUCAUUACUUUGAAUUCCCUCUAUUCCAGAGCCAAUGUGAGAUUUGUUCUGUCUUUUUUUCUCAGCAACUCAUCUCUCCAAAUUAAUCCUGUACUUCAGCUACAACUAGUGUCCCUCCCCUUUGGACAGAGAAAGCAUAAACUAACAAUCAGCCCUCUAUACUUGUUGUUUAAUUUCAUUGACAUACAUAGUUAACAUCAAGUUUAAACUAAUCAUUUGAAGGUGGACAACUUUCAGGGCCCACAUUUUUUAAUACAUUAAACAAUAUGGAUGGGGACACACCCAAACAUAUGAACCUCUUGAAACAAUUCCCUUUUUGUCAGAAUUGCAGUCAAAGCAUUAUUGCCUAUUCAAGUAGGGUGUAUUGUAGACUGAUUACAGAGAGGGACCAAUUCCUAUAAUAGCUAUUAUUUUUAACAUAAAAUUGCUACCAAAAAUGUUUUAAAAGGCGCUGAAGUGUACUGUCAGCGAUCAUAAAUCUUUAACAUUUUUGACAAGUUAAUAGACCAACUUUGUUUUUCAAGUUUAAGAAAACAUUCAGUCUUGUCUUUCUCUCAACCAUCUGUACCCCAUCCUAAUUGAUUAGUGAUCUGUGUGCAUUGGCAAGUGUAUCUUUGUGUUUCAUGAAAAUACUGAUGCCUGGAUUUUUUUUUUUAGAAAACUUCUGUAGCUGACUUUAACUGUCUGAUGAUUGUAGUAAUUAGAAACUUAACUGCCGUUUUAAGGAUCCAUGAGAGAGAGUGUGUGUGUGUGUGUGUGUGUGUGUGUGUGUAUGCAUGAGAGAGAUUCUUUAUCCCUGGUAUUCUAUUUGGAAACAGAGUAUGAUCAGUGGAACUUACAAUGUAUAGUCCGCACUGAGCUUGCUUGGUUGACUGUAACUAAGAUCUUUCAAUGCUGAUUUGUGAAGAGCUUCAUCUAAAUCUUUUGGAAGCAAUGGCUAGCAUUCUUUAAUUGGAGUGCUUGAUUGUACCUUUUUAUGUAUAAAUAUUCUGUCCCAUAUCUGGGACUAAAAUAUUAAAAAAAAACUGCCUUAA